CCCCCCGUGCAGGAGACGGGUCUCCUGGUGACCAACGAGGGCCCGCCCCGGCGGCUCCCCUCCCCAGGGCUGUCCGGAGUGUCAGAGGGGAGCCCCGCAUCCGGCGCUGUGCUGUUUGCAAAGCAGGCCGAGCCUGCUUGGGAUUCCCUCUCCCCUUUCUCUGUCUCUCUCCAACUUGUGUGUGCUCUUCCUCUUUCUCAAGAAAAAUAAAUAAAGUUGAAAAAAAAAUUAAUAAAAUUGAAAAGGGUUUAAUUGGAGUAGAGUGAGCACAGGAAAGACUGGUAGGAAAGGGAUUAUUCCCUUAAUUUCGAAAAUAGUCGGAAAUUUCCAUUAGAAAAAAAAAAUUCCAUUACCAAGAAUGUCAACUCCUCAAAUCAUCUACAUCAAUCAUUGUUAGCCAAACUUCAAAAAUCUUUUCUGUCCUCUUUUUCUCAAAGUGUUCUGGGCAGCCUUUAACGUAGAUUAAAUUGUAGAUUUUCCUUUUUAACUGGUGGCAAUUUUUCAUCUUAGCACUUUCCUACAUUUUGUGAAGGGGAAUCUCCUUGCAGCAGAGAGCCGUCUUCGCGGAACCCUCCCCUCGCCCCCAGCUGAGAGAAAAUGGCUACAGAUCUUAUCCAAGAUGGACAACAGGAAGGACCUGCGAUGGUAAAGGUGGAGGAAGAUCACUUUUACCUACAAGAAACUGACUUGCAGCUGAACAGCCAGUCCAGUCAGAUCUUCCACCAGCGCUUCAGGCUCUUCCCUUACCAGGAGACCCCUGGACCCCGCGAGGCGCUGUGCCGGCGCGAGCUGGGCCGCCAGUGGCUGAGCCCAGAAACGCACAGCAAGGAGCAGAUCCUGGAGCUGCUGGUGCUGGAGCAGUUCCUGACCGUCCUGCCCGCCGAGCUCCAGGCCUGUGUGCGGGGACAGCACCCGGAGAGCGGGGAGCAGGCGGUGACCGUGCUGGAGGAUCUGGAGCGGUUGCUGGACGAGCCCGGAGAGCAGGGCGCAUUCCAAGCAGAUGGACAGGAAGUGCUCUGGGAGGAAGUGACAUCCCUGGGAGCCGGCUGCCAGUCACCAUAUGAUCAGCUCCAGCACGUGGAGACCCCGCCCAGCAUGACCUUGGAGCCCCAUUCCCUAGAGAGAGAUUUUAGGAUUUUCAGAAGAAAAGAUCAAAGGGAGUCAUCAAGGAUAGAUUCUUUUUCUGAAUAGUGAAGCCUAAAAUGGCCACAGCCUCAGUCCUUCAGACUCCAGAGAUGCAGGAAGGACGUCUGGCA